AUGCCAUCCAAACCCCUCACAAAAGCCCAACGAAUGGCCUACCGCAUCGGCCGCGGCGAAAAAAGCGUCCUAACAUUCGAGCCCUACAAAUCCGAGUUACUCCCCCUCUGGCGCUUCAAAACCGUGCCCAUUGCCCAAAAGUCGUCCUCAGACAUCUACGCCAAAUACGUCGAAUAUAGGGACGCCGGCGACUUUGUUGGCAUGGAUAUGGCGCGCAAGUUUCUGCAGAUGGGCAUGACGCGCGCUAUGCGGUAUGCGAAUCAUGCGGGCGGGAGAAAGUAUAAUAGAGCCACGGGCGAGGAGCUGGAAAAGAGUAAGGGGCAUGAGGGGAUGAGGGAGAAGAGGGAGGCGAGUGCUGUUUUUAGGGGCGUGUGGGAGAGGGUGAAGGGGGAGGAGGGGUAUCUGGAGGGGAAGGAGGGUUUUUUGAGGGAGCAGAGGGAGUGGGAUAGGGAGAAGAAGAGGGAAGAGAAGGGGGUGGAGAAGGAGGGAGGUGGGGUUAAGAGUGAGGGUAGUGAUGUAUAA